AUGGCACACGUUGUUCCAGGAGUUCCAGGCACCCGCUUUCCCAAGCACUAUGCCAUGAGCAAGUGGAACGAGGACCAUCUGCGAUUCGAGGCAGAUGCCUACGAGCUUGAAGUCAUAGGCGAAAUCCCGAGCACCAUCCACGGCGCCUUCUACCGCGUCCAGCCCGACCACGCAUUCCCACCCAUCUUUGCGGAAACCGAGAUCCCACUGAAUGGCGACGGCAAUGUCAGCUCAUUCUACAUCAAGGAUGGGCAUGUUGACUUCAAGCAACGCUAUGUGCGCACCCCUAAGCUCAUCGCCGAGCGUGAAGCUAGACGUGCCCUGUUUGGCAGAUAUCGCAACAAGUACACAGAUGAUCCACGCGUUCAGAAUGUUCUCAAGGGUACCACGGCCAACACUCACGUUGUAUUUCACGAUAACAAAUUGAUGGCCCUCAAGGAGGAUGCGCCGCCUAUGGAGCUUGACCCCAUUACUCUUGAGACCCUCGGUUACAUUGACUACCACGGGACGUUCCGCUGCCCCACGCAUACUGCGCAUCCGAAGGCAGACUCAGCCACGGGAGAGUUGGUCUCUUACUCUUAUGAGGCUGCUGGUGACGCAUCACCCGACAUCUGCUCCUUCACCGUCGACAAACACGGCAAGCUCUCAGAGGAGGUCUGGUUCAGGGCCCCUUGGCCAUGCAUGAUCCACGACUUCUGGGUCACCGACAACUGGGUCGUGUUUCCCGUCAACGGCCUCAAGGCCAGCCUGGAGCAGAUGAAGAACGGCGGUGACCACUUCUACUGGGAUGAGACUCUGGACUACCAGCUGCUGGGCGUUAUUCCUCGCCGCGGCGCCAAGCCCGAGGACGCGAAGUGGUUCAAGACACCCCAGGGCUGUUACUCGCACACCAUCAACGCCUAUGAGGAGGAUGGAAAGCUUGUUCUAGACGCCAAUGUCUGGACCGAUGUUCAUUUUCCCUUCUUUCCUAACACCAAGGGCGAGAGGUUCUUUACCGACCCCAGGAAAGUCACGGCACCUAUCACCCGCUACCGAUUUGACCCCAACGGUAGUACGGAUAAGAUGAUCCACCCUGAGGCUAUUCUUGUUACCGGCGUCAAUGAAUUCGGUCGCAUAGACGAUCGUCUGCUGGGUAAGAAAUACUCCCGCGUCUGGAUUCUAAAGGUCGAUCCUACGCACGAAGUCAAACUCAACGACCACGAGACAGCCCAGGGCAAUGUUGGCUUCAACACCCUGGUCUGCUACAACUUUGAGACAGGAAACAUGCAAUCUUACCGACACGGUGAUGACACCACGUUCCAAGAGCCCGUCUUUGUUCCGAGACAUGAGGGUGCUGACGACGAGGAUGGCUAUAUCCUCGUUGUAGCUGACCGAUAUCGCGAGGGCCGCAACGUCCUGCUCCUUUUUGAGGCUUCGGACAUCACACGAGGUCCGCUUGCUGAGAUCAAGUUGCCGUUUAAGCUUAUGGAUGGACUUCAUGGUAGUUGGGUGGAUGGCAAGGAUGUCGAUGCAGCCAGGGAAGCGAGCGAGGCGCGAAGGGCGAAUGGAACUGUUAAUGGGAAGUAG